GGGCAGGAGAAUCUCAAGUUCGAGGCCAGUCUGGGCAACUCAGACCUGUCUCAAAAUAAAAGGGCUGGGGGUGAUAGAGCACCCCCAGAUUCGACCCCUAAAACUGCAGUUAAGAAAAAGACAGCAAAAGGUCUCGGGUGCAGCCACCCAAAAGUAAGAAUUAAGACCCUCCCACGGGCACCUCCUGUUGCACCAGAGCCUGGGUUCAGGUCCCUGAAGCCAAAGAGAAGUAAAACUGGAGUCCCCAGAGGUCCCCGAGCGGCAGUAAGAGUGUCCCUGCUGCGCUUGCCCCCGGACGCCCUGGUGCGGGAGGCUCCUCCCUGCCCAGCCCUCGAUCACGAAGCUUCCGAAGGUCAUUGCUGUCUCAUCCGUUUGUGGGAAAACGAGGAAAAUCCAGAGACAUCGCCACCCAAUUCUGAGAAGGGUUGGAAGUACACUAGAAGAUCCAGAGGAGGAGCCGUGGGCUGGGUGGCCUCCCUGGGCCUCUGUCGGCCUGCCUCGUGGACUGUCCGCCUGUCCUUGGCUGCGUCCCAAGACGGUGGUUCUGCCACCAUGUCCAGCCCCUUCCUGAAGCAAGUCUUCAACAAGGACAAGACCUUCCGGCCCAAGCGCAAGUUUGAGCCAGGCACCCAGCGCUUCGAGCUGCACAAGAGGGCCCAGGCGUCACUGAACGCGGGGCUAGACCUGCGGCUGGCCGUGCAGCUGCCCCCGGGCGAGGAGCUCAACGACUGGGUGGCCGUGCACGUGGUGGACUUCUUCAACCGCAUCAACCUCAUCUACGGCACCAUCAGCGACGGCUGCACGGAGCAGUCCUGCCCCGUCAUGUCGGGGGGGCCCAAGUACGAGUACCGCUGGCAGGAUGAGCAGCGGUUCCGUAGGCCCACGGCGCUGUCCGCCCCCAGGUACAUGGACCAGCUGAUGGACUGGGUGGAGGUGCAGAUCAACAACGAGGACGUCUUCCCCACCAACGUCGGGGAAGACCCGCCCUCGUGGCUUCCGCCCCAGGGCUUCUCACCAGAAACGAGGCUCGGACAGUGGGUUCAGAAGUGGCUGCAGAGGCGCCUGGGGUCCAGGGGCCACGGCAACUCGCGCCACGCAGGUAUCUCGCCACACACUUGUGCGCCCUCUCGCCGCUCUGGGCGCAGAGGUCGGGCCUGCCAGGGUAGACCCAGGGGCUGUGGCGGCCUCCUGAGGCCCAGGGAACGUCUUCGUCCUCUCCUCCAGCUCCAGAGCCAGCAGCACAGUGUCUUCCAGGCCCUCGGACCCCAACUCCCUGCCUCCUCUCCAGAGGACCCUGUGGUGACCCUCGGUGACUCUAGUCCCACAGAGUCCCUUUUCCCACCGAGGCUAGGUGCACAAACUGAGAAUUCUGACAUGGGACGUCUGUGUGCUCUAUUCAGUGACCCCAGGACCCAGAAAGCACAGUGCUGUCCACCUGCCGACGCUCUUCAGCUUGUGGGCACGCCGUUCCCCAAGAGCUUCCUGCAGGUGGCGCGGAAGAUCCUGUCGCGCCUGUUCCGCGUCUUCGUGCACGUGUACAUCCACCAUUUCGACCGCAUCGCGCAGAUGGGCUCCGAGGCCCACGUCAACACCUGCUACAAGCACUUCUACUACUUCGUCACCGAGUUCGGCCUCAUCGACACCAAGGAGCUGGAGCCGCUGGAGCCAGAGGGAGGCGUGAGGGUCCGCCCCGUGCCGGCCCGGCCCCGCCCCAUUCUCCGGCUCGUGGAGGCUGAGGAGGGCUGUGUGCUGCCCAGGCUGGACCAACCUGGAAAGACAUGACCGCACGGAUGUGCCGCUAAGAGCCCGGGCCACCACCAGCCUCCGGGGCCUACAGGAGGGCAUCUUUGACUCCAUGGCGUCUGUCCCUGCAGCUGAGCAUCCUGGGGGCUUCGCACCUCUGGGGGCUGGCCAGGACACGUCCUCUUCCCUGGCCUCAGUCUCCUCCUCUGUCAAGAGGAGGCUGAACCUGGACUCCGGGAUUUUGUUUCUUAGCAACCGGGAAAACCCACUGUGUUUGUGGACCUCGUCCUCCUGCCAGGUGGUGGGGCCGCCCACUGCAGCCCACCUCCUGGCCCUUCUCAGAACUGCCCCCAGCCCCGCCCUGCCCUACCGUGGCCUUCAGGCUAGUCCCGGCCAGGAGGGAGGCCGGCUCCGUCUCAGCCUCUCCCGGCCUCAGAGCCAGGGCUCUGCACUGUGCCCACGGAGCCCCCAGCCCUUUCCCAGAGGGGACGACUGGGCCAGGCCGGCCCUGUGUGGGGCUUCCUGUGCCCACGCACCUGCCCGCGUCCGGCCGAGUGUCCUGGUGCUGCGGGGCCCAGGCCUGAGUGCUGCAGGUCUCAGGGUCCUGCCCUCAAGGUCUUUUGGGAGGGGCACCAGGGGUUGAACCCAGGGGGUGUCACCCGAGCAGUCACCCUGAGCCGCCCCCCCCCCCGCUUUGUGUUGAGACACAGGGUCUUGCGGGGUCUCCCAAGCUGGCCUUCGCCAUCUCCUGCCCCAGCCUCUUGAGUCACCAAGGUGGCGGCCGUGGCCACUACCUGGCUUAAGAUGUUCUUAAAGGUGUUCUUCCAACUAGUAGCUAGUGACCCCAGGAUGUCCCUUCCACUGCCACCAGCCCAGGAGUGGCCCCCCUGGAUGUCUCCACUGACUGCCUGGGGGCAGGAAGUGGCCUUUUUUUCAGGUGCCUGAGAACUUUCUAGAGAAACCCUUUGUGCCACCCCCACAGGGCCACAGGACCAAACCCAGGGACACCCCGUUUCCCUUGGAGGCUGUGCUGGGGCAUGACCAAAGGACUCCUCACCUGGCCCAGCUCCGCCCCCAGCCACACCCCCUGGCCUUGGCCUCUGUGGCCCUUCCCUGCUGACCCAGCGCGGCCCCAGCCACAGGGACUCUGUCCUCCCCGGUCUGGGAGGCGCUCAGCUGAGCAGUGCUGCUGACACUGUCCUGCCUGACCCCGGAGCUCAGGGAGCCACAGGACAUGUCCCCAAGCCUGGGAGGCCACUGUGCCAGCAGCCCACGUACCAGGAGGUCCCUGAAUCCCAUGGCACUGCCCUCGCCCCACCCUGCUCUGAGACCAUCCUCCCACCUGGGCGCGGAGGACACGGGCACCCUGGCUGCUGGGUGUGCUGCCGUUUCCCAGCAGAGGAGGGUCUAGGGUGGGACAGCAGCCGUGGGCAUCUUGUCCCCAAGGGGUUUCUCAAAUAAACAGAUGCAUUGGGGCA